GAUUAGAAAAGCUCCCACGUCCAUCCGAGCAGCCACUUCAUCUUUGCUCCUCGACAGUGCUCGGCAGGCUGUGUCCUCCUCCGCUCUGCGCACUUAAGACCCAACAUGACUAUAAGAAAUGUGCGGGAUCACGGACAGCGUUACAGACCGCGGAUGUCUUGCCUCAAAAAGAUGGAAGCUGUGGUGCUGGAGAUGCAAGACCCCAAGACUGGGGUAAAAUCUCAAACCCAGAGGCUGGUCAUCACCACCAUCCCUCAUGCCAUCACAGGUGAAGAUAUUGUUGAAUGGAUUGCUAAUCGCUUCAAAAUAGAUGCUGCUGAGGCCCGAGCCAUGGGCACCAUGAUGGUGGCCUUUGGUUAUAUUUACCCACUACAGGAUCAUAAGAGACUCAUUCUCAAACCAGACACUUCACUGUAUCGCUUUCAGACACCAUAUUUCUGGCCUGCACAGCAGUGGCCAGUGGAGGACACAGACUACGCAAUAUACCUGGCAAAGAGAAAUAUACGUAAAAAGGGGAUGUUAGAGCUGCAUGAACAGGAGCAGUACAAUAAUCUUCACAAAUGGAUGAACCACAAGUGGGACUUCAUUGUGAUGCAGGCCAAAGAACAGUACCGGGCAGGGAAAGAGAGGAAGAAACCAGAUCGGGUGGUGUUUGACUGCCAAGAAAGAGCCUACUGGGUAGUACACAGACCACCGCCAGGAACAAUUAGUGGGAUGGACUAUGGACUUGAGCGAAUGGUAGAUCCCAAUCAGGAGGAGAAAAAAACAUCUGAGUACUACAGAAGAAUAAUCAUCUUCACUCAGCAAUGCAUCAUGAGGCCUAGAGUGAAGUCAUCUGUAUCCAUUGGAGCACUUGUGAAGUACACCACAACAUACAAGCAGCAUGAUCCCUUCCUUUAUCCAUGCCUUCCAAGCAACCCCUGGUUAACAGACGAUGUGACAUACUGGCACCUAAACAUGCCAAAUGUUGAGAAUCCUACGAAAAUGAGAGUGGAGCGCUGGACCUUUAGCUUUGGUGAACUGCUGUCUGACCCUCGUGGACGAGCUGAUUUCCGUCUUUUCCUAAAGAAAGAGUUUAGUGGUGAGAAUCUUGCAUUUUGGGAGGCGUGUGAAGAUCUCAAAUGGGGUGCUGCAGCUACAAUGCAAGAAAAAGCUCAGCAAAUCUACAAAACUUUCCUGGCUCGUGGAGCCCCUCGCUGGAUCAACAUUGAUGGAAAGACCAUGGAGAUUACUGUGAAGGGCCUGUCUCACCCUCAUCGCUAUGUUCUAGAUGCCGCACAGACCCACAUCUACAUGCUGAUGAAAAAGGAUUCAUAUGGCCGAUAUCUGAAGUCCCCAGUGUUUAAGGAAACUCAGAAGAAGGCUGUCGCUCCUGAGGCACACAAAUUCAGUGAAGCCCAGCUGGAGCAGAAUGCUAAGAAGCGAAGGCCCAGUCUGAGCCCCAUCAUUCUGAGGCAGCAGGAAGAAGAGCAGAAGGCCAAACUGGCUGCCAGCGGCCCUGUGGACAUAACGCAGCUAUGCCGGUACACCGCCCCUGUGCCCCACUUGGCCGUGUACACAGGUAUCUGUGAGAAUCAAACCACUGCUUCACCAGGGCUGAUGACACUGCCCAACAGCGCUGCGUGUCCUUCUCCCAUCAGCGUGGCCAUCGACAGCACCCCUGCCUCUGAGAGAAGGUUUGACAGUGGAGGCCCCACCUCCUCCCAUUUCCCCUCCAUUGCUGAGAGCACUGAGGUAUCUGUGUCUGAGGAGAGCCAGCCACCUGCAGCCAAGUCCCGUGUAGCCCUGUCACUGAGCCGCCUGCUCCGCAGAGGAUGCAAUGCCCCCUCAGUGUUUGCCAGUCUGUCACCAAAGUGUGCCGUUACUGCAGGAGGAGGGAGAGUACAACCAAUCGGAGAGCCACUCACACAACCACAGCCCAAGAGGAUUGCAAAUUUUUUCCAAAUCAAAGUAGAUAUCCCUCCUGAAUGCCGCAUCUACCCUAUUGACUCGGAGGAUGAGGAGGAAGAGAGUCCCGGUGCAGCCAGAGGAGGAGUGAAGGAAAUCAUCUGCCCGUGGGAAACAGUCACUAAACACGAUGGAGCAGGAUAGAGGGAUCUACAGCUUGAAGAGGGAAACAUACAGAGAUACAUGUGUGUCAUGGUGUCACCAUCUGUAUCACCCAGACAUGCUCUAGGAGUCGACAAAUGAAGUAACAACCUUUUAAAACCUAAUUGUCUAUAUUUCUGAUAGCUUUUUAGUAGUGCCUACAUGUUCUAGUAGCCGGUGGAACAACUUGGUUAUAACAUGAUUGUGGGAUUUUAUAUCUGUUUAUUUACCUGUUUGACUACCUGUGGCUAUGGUAAGGGGAGGCCUUAUUUUAGAGGAGCUUUCUUUUUGCAAAAUCGUCAUCAACUUGUUUAGUAUGGCAAACAAAAGAUUUUGUACCUGGUCUGUUCAUCAUUUUAUAUCUAUCAAAGAUGCAUUAAUGUACAUCUCUUUGAGAAAUAUUCAAUAUUUUCAUAGUUGUAUCUCCAGAAAGACAGUAAAACAGUAUGUGGGACAUUUACUGAAUGAAUGUAUUACCUUCAAAACGUUUACACUUCACUACAGAAAGAGAAUGUGCUUAUUGCUCAUAUUUGACUUGUGUAAGUGCCUCAAUAAAGUAUUCCAAAAAAAGGUUUUUGUCUUGUAAACACAAACUAAAGCUAAACAAAGCUGUACAAACCAACGGUUCACUGUUUGGUCAGUAGGGGUAACAGCCUGGGUCCUUAACAGAUCCUCCAUAUUUAAAUCUUGGUAAAAUAGCCCAAUAUUUGAAAUACUGUUUUUGCUAGUAUCAAAAUACCAGCAGGUGGAGCAAGAUGCUCACCAGUCAAGGUGAACUGAGUGACAACCAGUAAGAAAAGACACUAAAGGGCAGCUGAAGGAAGCUGUCAGUAUAACAAAUCUGAUGCUGUAAUGCUGAACUGCUUUUAAAAGCUCAAAAUGAUAGUACCUUGUGGUACAAGAGGAAGUCCACUUAUUUUUCAAAAGUUAUAAGCAUACUUUACUCAUUAAGAUGUAAACAAAGAUAUUUAGAGAGGUUGUGAAAUGCUCUGUUCUAGAAAAACAUUGAGCCAUGAUUGUUCACAGUGAUGGUGAUAUAGGAACCAGACAUCUGAAGUGCUUAAUGCCUCUAAAAUCUCCAUCACAGGAAGUUAUAACUUGAAAUGGUUACAAAUAUGCUGUCCAAUGCCUCAGACUCCAUUUUAUGAUAGUUCUCUGAUUUGGCCUAAAACAUUUUUUUAAUCCACAUGUAGGGCAUGUGUAAAGCAAAAUAGUCCUCUCUUUUACCUUUAGCAGCAUUACAUAUAAAAACUUAGAAGACAGGUGUAUGUUCAAUAGUGGUUUUGGAUAGUACAUAAAAUGGCUAUAUUUGUGCUGUGAACAUCAGCACCCCUGGUUCCCAUCAUCAUCACUGCAAAGAAAUGUGUAACUUUCCCUACAAUGAACAUCUCAAUGACUGAAUUAUG